AGGUUGGAGCACAGCAGCACCUUGUUAUCAUCAAGCAAUCUAAGUUUCUGCCACCGUACAACUACAAACUGUUGCCGAAAAUUGAUACACUACGCUACAAUCUCAAUCUGCGUUUUCUUGAUUUGUUUUUCUUUUAGUUGCAAAUUUAUCGAAAAAGAAACUCUUGUGACCUGAAAAUAGUUGUAAAGGCAAACUAGGACCACGACCACGGCGAAAAGAAUAAAACUAAGUACAUAUUAGCUGCAAGACCACAUCAUGGCGCCGUUCUACUUGUACUUGCUUACCGCGACAUCCAUGUUCUUUGUCUUCGACUCCACCGGCUGGACGACUACGGGUCGCGCGGUCUCAUUUGUACAAGCUGUGCGCUCGUUCUCCGCGAUGGCCCCGCGCGGGCGAGCGAGUAGUAGUACAGCAGAUGUUGCUGCUGGAGGUCCUCAUCGUGCGGUGUCCUCCUCUCCGGCGCGGAGGCCAGAUCUGAUCAUAAAAUCUGGGGUGAGUAGUUUGGAAGAGAUAACGCGCCUCCCGUGGGAACUGUGGACAGCGACCGAAAGAAAUGAACCGUUCAAAAGCAGUUUGCUUGGGUGGAAAAACCUGCGAGUCCGUCUCGCCUGGGCCACCGCCCCCUUUGUUCGCAAAGCGCAGGCCGAAAUGAUGCAUAUUGGAGCAGCUUCUUCAAAAAAAAUCAAGAAGAUGAAUAAAGCCGAGGAGUAUUUGCAGGGCAAGCUUUUGGAGCACUCCAAAGUCGUGGGAGACUUUUACGGCAACUUGCCGGCUGUAGUGGAUGAGGAUUGGGGACACGACUUCAUCAGGACCAAGCUGCCGCUCGACAAGCUAAGCGUUGCCGGGUCGGACCGCUUUAGCAGUGCCUACCAGCUCGUGGCCGAACACAUCAUGCUCCUCGAUCCGAACACCGGGCUCCUGGUUGAUGAAACGAAGGCGCUCGGGGUGGGCCCAGGAGAAUUUUUCGAGGGGGAGCAGAAGCCUGAGUUAACGAUUGUGAAGAGAAAGUUCUUAAUUCCAGACGAGGACGAGUUGGAUCGACUCAAUAGGCUCUUCGACGCAAUAUUGCCCGAGGAGGAGGAGGAUCUUCUGAGAGAUCUUGAAGAGAGUAGUAAAGAACUGGCGAGACGUAAUGCUGGGGGAGAUAGUGAAACAACUACAAGAACUAGCGGCGCUGGUGCAGCCCCUUCUGGACGCGACGCGAGCCAGGAUGAAAAUGAGCCCGACGCAACGUUAGGCAACACGAGCAACUCGAGUUGGUUGGUACGCAGCUUCACAAGUCAUUUCCUUCGACUCGCAAUAGCUCCAACCGUUGAUCGGUACGGCAUGAAGUUUCCCAAGCCGGUAUCCCUGCAACAAAUUAACCGUGAGCAAGGUCGUGCCCAGGCACCAGGUGAUACGACGUUCGCGAUGCGUACAGCGCUCGGCGCCAGGAUUGACGCGGAGCAGGCCUUGCUGAUUUACGGUCCACGCGAAAGCUGGCAAGUGGAGAAAGACGAAGCAUCAGAGGAGGACUAGUUGACUUGGAUCGUGAUGUAAUUGUCUUCCUAGAAGACGAGCAUCAUGAGCAAGAACAGCCAGAAGCCCGCGAGUCUGUUCAUGUUCUUGUCUAGACUACUUUAACUUUUUGUCUUCGAUUAAUGACCUCUUUCCUUUGUUUUGGCUGGUACUUUGGAAAUAAAACAAAACAAAAAUUAUGCUGGUUGAUUAAUAUGAGGCAGGUUUUGAUGUGUAUAAUUUUUUUACUCGCUUGACUACUACCGCAGUCACUCUUACUCGCCCGCUUUCAAGUAAAGCGAUCGAUGCGAGGACUGAUUUUGAUACAUCCGUCAUUCUGAUGAUGAUGAAGGUGAAGAAACAGAAAGAGACCCGUUGCUGGCUAGACUGUACUUUUCAAAAGAUUUUUGGCGAACGAUUUCUGCGCGUCGACGUAGAUGAUGGCCAAAAUUUGGGAAAAAGAUGAAGUGCGUCUUCAUCGAUGAAGAAGCUUCAUCGAUAAAGAUCUAAGAUCAGUCACGACUUUUGAAAUGAUGCAGCGCCGAAUUCUUAUGUGCGACAACCUCUCAAGCGGGCGGCUUCGGUGCCGUGUAUGAC